UUGCCCCGCGACAGACAAGCAGCAGCGAACUCGGACGGAACUUCGUGUCGCGCCGCGCGCAUUUUUUUUUGCUUUCGGACAGGCGGCCGAGGCGCACAGCCACGCACACUCGGGACUCCGGAGAGAGCCACAGCGGUGACAUACACCAUGAGCGGCUGCCUGCUGGCCCUGCUCGGAUUGUGGUGGAGCGCGUAUCACUGCACGUCGACGGCCGCGGGGAGUCACCACCCGCUGGACGCGAGCAGCGAGGCGCACCCGAGCUUCGUCCACAGGCGGCUGCGGACGCACGAGAGGAGAGAGAUGCAGAAGGAGAUCCUGUCCAUCCUGGGGCUGCCGCACAGGCCGCGGCCGCAUCCGUCCCACGGGAAGUUCAACUCGGCGCCGCUUUUCAUGCUGGACCUGUACAACACCAUCUCCAGCGACGAGAAGAGCCACGUGGAGGGCGUGCUGGACAGGUACCAGUCCACGCGCACGACCGUCAGCCCCCCGCUGCCGUCCUAUCAAGAAACCGCGUUCCUGAACGACGCCGAUAUGGUGAUGAGUUUCGUUAAUUUAGUGGAGAACGACAGAGAGCUCUCACCGCGCCGGCGCCACCACAAGGAGUUCAGGUUCAAUCUCUCCCAGAUCCCGGAGGGCGAGGCCAUCACCGCCGCCGAGUUCCGCCUCUACAAGGAGUGCGUGAGCCGAGCGUUCCGCAACGACACCUUCCUGCUCAAAGUCUACCAGGUGGUCAAGGAGCAUCCUGACAGAGAGGCGGAUCUCUUCAUGUUGGAGUCUCGCAGGCUGUGGGCGGCCGAGGAGGGCUGGCUGGAGUUCGACAUCACCGCGACCAGCAACUUGUGGGUAAUGAGUCCGGGACACAACCUGGGCCUGCAGGUCAGCGUGGAGACCAGCAGCGGGCAGAGCAUCAGCUACAGGGAGGCGGGCCUCGUGGGUCGGGACGGCGCGUUGGAGAAGCAGCCCUUCAUGGUGGCGUUCUUUAAAGUCAGCGAGGUGCACAUCCGCUCCACCCGCUCCACCGGCGGGAAACGUCGGCAGCAGAAUCGCAACCGAUCCACGCAGCCGCAGGAGGGAUCCAGAGGGCCCAGCCCCGCAGAUUACAACAGCAGCGACCAGAAGACGGCGUGCAGAAGACACGAGCUGUACGUCAGCUUUCGGGAGCUGGGCUGGCAGGACUGGAUCAUCGCGCCCGAGGGCUACGCCGCCAACUACUGUGACGGAGAGUGUUCCUUCCCCCUGAACGCCCACAUGAACGCCACCAACCACGCCAUCGUGCAGACGCUGGUGCACCUGAUGAACCCCGAGAAUGUCCCCAAGCCCUGCUGCGCCCCCACCAAGCUCCACGCCAUCUCCGUGCUCUACUUCGACGACAACUCCAACGUCAUCCUGAAGAAGUACAAGAACAUGGUGGUGCGCGCCUGCGGCUGCCACUGA